UUUAGACUCGGUUUGAAUGUGUAGGCCAUAUGCUGCUGCUGUUCAGAAGGAUUUGACAGAGUUUGACCCUUGGGUAUCCACAAUCAUUUGUGUCAUUUGAAAAUAAAUUAUAAAAUUUGGUGUACAGCAAGUGAAGAUACAGCUAGGGAAGUCAAAAACUGGACUUUCCAAACGCUAUCUUGGAAAGAGUGUCUUCUUUGGUCUUUUUCUUACCUCGUGUUGAUGAGAGUCCGUACGAUUGCCGCAUCUAUUGUUUUUGAAUAACAGAGUUUUAGAUUUAUUAUCAAAUUAUUUGGGAUUGACUUCUCAACAGAAGAUUCCAAGAGCUCGCAAGCUACAGAAAAACUGAUACAUAACGGAUGUUUUUUUGGACAUCACAAACACAACCCAAGGAACAACAAAAGAAUUCAGAGUCCAGCCAUCAUUAAAUUGAAUGAAUUAAACUGAAUCAGCGAUGGAAUAUCUCAAAAUUAGCUUUUUAACCCAAUCUAUGAUACUUUGUGUUUUACAUAGCUUUAUUUCAACAGUUAUCGGCCAAGAUAUUGUUGGUUGUGGUGGAUUUGUUCAGUCAACAGUUCCAAUAAAUUUUGAAAGAGUUGAAGUGAAACUUUAUACAAAAACUGGUGCCUUAAAAUUCAAAACAGAAUGUGCACCAAAUAAUGGAUACUUUCUGGUAGCUGUAUAUGACAAGGGAGAAUAUACGUUGAGAAUUGAACCCCCAAAUGGUUGGGGAUUUAAUCCUACUGAAAUAGAUCUGAAUAUUGAUGGGAAAACAGACCCUUGUGUAAAAGGACAAGAUAUCAAUUUUAAGUUCACUGGCUUUUCAGUAGGUGGUUUGAUAGGAAGCAAAAACAGAGCAAUAGGACCUGCAGGAGUAGAUAUACAAUUACAAGGCGCUGGUGAAGAUAUAAGAAAGAAUGUGACUGUCGAAAACGGAUUGUUUUCUUUUGCGAAUGUGAUGCCUGGAACAUAUGAACUGAAGGCUUCGCAUCCAGUUUGGACCAUACAACAGGAUGCGAAACCGGUUGUUGUCAAAGACGAGAAUGUAUACUACCCUGGCUUAAUUAUGGUCUCUGGAUAUGACGUCAAGGGUCACGUUCGAAGUGCUGGCGAGCCCAUUCAAGGAGUGAUAUUUGUUCUCUUCGCCGAAGAAAAGACGCAAAUGUCUGGUUGCACUGAAUUGCCUGAAGAUGUUGCACAAAAGUUAGCGAAACGUGUGAACUUGCCUCAAAUUUGUAGUGUCUUGUCAGGAGAAGAUGGCGUCUUUGUCUUCCCCAGUGUACCAAGUGGCGACUACACGCUGGUACCAUAUUACAGCUCUCAAGGAAUAGUUUUCGAUGUCGUACCCACAAAAAUCACUUUCCAAGUCAAUCUUAAAAGUGUGAUGCUUAAGACACCUUUCCAAGUGCAUGGAUUCUCUGUAACUGGCAAGAUAAUUGAUACCGAGGGUAAAGGAAUCCAAGGGGUAACUGUCAAUCUUGGCAAAGACACGAAGCCUGUUAUCACAAAUUUUGAUGGUGUUUAUUUGGUUGAGAAUGUUACAUCCGGGACAUAUCAGAUUGAGGCAAGCAUUCAAAAUCUGUUUUUCGACAAGACUGAAGUCCAUAUAAACCCGAACAGCCCACAUAUUGCCGAUAUUCAAGUCAAAAAGUUCAGCGUUUGUGGUGUGGUUGAAAUCUCUUUUUUGCCUCCAGGAUUGUCCCAGAUUGGACAGCGAAAGGUAAUGCUCCUUCGCAGUGGUAUGACAAAUGCUGACAUGGUCACUGUAACAGCGGAUGCGCAGGGCAAGUUUUGUUUUCAGGCUGCUCCGGGAAAAUAUCAAAUUGAGGUUCUCAUCAGUCCAUCGGAAGCCAAAGCUGGUCUAAAACUGGUUCCUUCCGCAAUUGAAGUAGACAUUAAAAAUCAACCUGUCUUAGAUUUGUCAUUCAAGCAGUUUCUUGCAUCUGUUUCCGGAAACCUGAAAUGUAUCGGGAGCUGUGAUGAUUCCAAAGUAACGCUUUCAUCUGUUGAUCGACCAGGCCAAGAGAAAUUUCAGAGUGAGAUUGAAAGGUCAGAAAAGGGGACAACAUUUUCUUUUGACAAAAUCUUACCAGGAAAAUACAAGCUCACACCUGUACGCGAAAAAUGGUGUUGGGAGCCAAGAAAUUUGGAGAUCGAAGUCAAAGACAGCAAUUUGCACAAUCUACAACUUAAUCACGUUGGAUUUUUAUUAAAAUGUGUUUUAUCGCACAAUGUAACUCUGAAUUUUGCGCUGGAAGGCAGUUCAGCACAAGUUGGCUCAUUCAGCUUGAAAAUGGGAAAGAACAAGUUUUGUCUCACGGCUGCCGGUAUCUAUCAUCUCACGCCAAUAUCAUGCUACAAAUUCGACCAGGAUGUUUACAUGUAUGAUACGUCAAACCCAAAGGAAUUGGCUCUGUCAGUUGUAAAGUAUAAGCUGGUCGUCACUGUAAAGUCGCAGAAAAAGCUGGAUGAUGUGUCUCUAACUAUAAGAUCAACACGAUCAAAUACAGACGAUACAAUAACACCAGUUCUGUUGAGACAUGAGGCUGCCCAACAAUCUACAAGCAAUGAUACGAAGCCAGUUGAUAUUGAUCAGGUGUUUGAGUAUCAAGGAAUUUACUGGGCAAGGGCUAAUGAAGAGGUCAAAGUGACUGCAACAUCAAAAGAGGUUCUUUUCAACCCAAGCACAAAAACGACGGUUAUUCAAGGAAACUGUCCUGGUGGGAAGUUGGAGUUCGAAGGAAAAGAAGGCAUAUUCAUUAAAGGAACUGUUUCUCCUCCGCUGAAAGAUGUUCUCAUUACAGUCAAAACAUCACCAACUGAGAAUCACAAAGAAAGCAGAACAAUUGCCACACUGACGGAUGAAAGUGGCGCUUAUAGCGUUGGACCCAUGCACAGUGAUAUAUUAUUUGAAGUUUCUGCGAAAAAGGCUGGCUAUGUCAUCUCUGAAACUUCAACCAAAGGCACUUUUGCUGCCAUGAAGUUGGGUCAAAUAACAGUCAAGAUCGUCGAUGAAAGCGACAAACCCAUGCAAGGUGUGCUGCUGUCACUGAGUGGUGGCCAAUACCGUAGCAAUACAAUCACACCAGAAAAUGGAGUCUGGUCGUUCAUAAACCUGAGCCCUGGUCAGUUUUUCUUGCGUCCAAUGCAAAAAGAGUACAACUUUGAGCCGAAUUCACAGAUGAUCGAUGUGAAAGAAGGAGAAGAGGUGCAAAUAGACAUCAAAGGCAAACGGGUUGCAUUUAGUUUCAUUGGCUCAGUCACUACUCUUGCUGGUGAUCCUGAGAAGAGCAUCGCUGUUGAGGCAGUGGGCUUGGACAAAUGCUCUGAAUUUCACGAGGAAACUGUCACCGAUGCCAGUGGAUUAUAUCGUCUCAGGGGACUGCAUCCCGAUUGCGAAUAUGACGUCAAAGUGAAACUAGGCGACUCGAAUCCACACAUCGAGAGAGCAGGACCAACUAGUCUAAAAAUGAAAGUUGGCUCUGCUGAUGUCGAGCAAAUAAAUUUCAUUGUGUUUUACAAGCCAAAGGCCUUUGAGCUUACUGCAAGCAUUGACACAGAGAUGGAAUGGCUGUCUCACAUAAAGGUUCUGUUGUACAGAGAAGACAAUUUCGAUUCUCCGGUUCACUCAGUUUCCCCAGGGCAUGUUAAAUUUGUUCAGUUCCCACCAUUGCCAUUGGACAACCAGUUCUACGUUGUUCGGCUGGAGUCAACCCUUUCGAAGAAGACCCACAACUUUGAUUCGACGUCAGCUAGUUUCACUACUGGAGGAUCAUUCAAGAAGCAUGUUGAGUUGAAAGUCAACGUAACGAAAAAGAAACUAGAGCUGGAACCAACUCAGUCUGUUCUUGCUCUGCCGCUUACCAUCAUUUUAUUUGUCCUUGGUUACAACUACGAAGUGGUAAUGGCAUUCUUUUCACGUGUUAGAAAGACACUUAAAGGAGACUCCCAAGACAAGUCAGAAAAUGGAGCUGAUGAAACAAAUAAGUCGAAGAAAAAGAAGAAAUGAUAGCACAUAGUACUUUAUUCGAUAUGAAAAUUGGAUGAAUCAAUGAGCAAUAAUCAACUGCUAUGUACUGCCAGUCUUUUUGGAAGACAAAUGAAAGAUUGCAUUGCAAGCUUUUACGCAGAACGAUGAAGUGUUGCUAUCGAUUGCUAAGUGUAAUCUAGACAUUUGUGAAAUUGUUACUGCUCGUUAUGUAUGUUGUUUUACCAAUCAAUUAAUUUUGAUUCCUA